UGACAAAAGAAAACGGCGUUAACAAUAGCAAAGGGAGGUGUUUACACUCCUCAUCAUCACUAUAUAUAAAUUCUUUCUGAAUCUGGAAUUUGUGAUUCAUUUACAAAUGGAGAUGGCACUAUAAAGGUUAAGAUUUCAUCUACUUGAGGAAACCCAAAAAACUGUACAACCGUCUGGUCCAACAAUCGUUUAUUCACCGUCUGGUUCUUCCUUAACAGAUUGUAAUUCACCUGAUUCAUCAUCAUUACUUUGUAAUAAUCAUCUGUCAUCUGUACUUAAGCGUAAAAGAACGAACGGUCCAGAAUCAUCGUCAGAAGAAGAUAAUACCACCACCACCACCACGAAUGAUGAUGCUGUCGAAGAAGAGAAAUUUGUAAAGAGCGCAUUAGCUUUAGAUUUGGUUGAAGAGGAACCUGAAGUGGUAAGUGAUAGUAAAACCAUGAAGAACAAGAAAAGCAAGAAUGAUCUUUCACCACUAGAUAUACCUGCCCCCUCAAAACAUCAAACAACAAAUCAGAAUCAGGUAACGGCGUUAGAUUAUUCAGUGAUUCCCGUUAGGUUUAACGGCAGUUACGACCCUUGUUUUUCGGGCAAUUGGGGGAAAUUACCGUUAGAUGAGAAUGAUUCAGAGGAUAUGGUAUUGUUUGGAGUUUUGAAAGAAGCUACGCUGAGGUGUUGGCAACCGAUUACGCCAACGGCUCCAUCCAUCUUCCGUGUAGCUCCGGCUUCGGCUACAGAGCGGCUGAAGAAGCUGAAAUCAGAGCCAGAACAGUUGAUCCAAACUGAGAAUUCGGCGACAGCUAAGAGGAAAGAAACCGGACCUCGUUACAGAGGUGUUAGGGAAAGACCAUGGGGAAAAUUCGCAGCUGAGAUUCGUGACUCAGCACGCCAUGGAGCUAGAGUUUGGCUUGGAACAUUUGCAACAGCUGAGGAAGCUGCAUUGGCAUAUGACCGAGCAGCAUACAAAAUGCGUGGAGCUAAAACUUUGUUAAACUUCACUCUUGAUGUAGUUAAAGAUGACGGUGGUUUAAACACGAUUCGUUCCUGCCGAGACAGUGCUAGCUCAUAAGUUAUUCGACUUGGUUACCGCGACUCGCUCGACCUGGAAUGGUAUGAGGACAAAUUGAUGAUCUGGAGUAGGCCCCGCUAAUGCCUUUUCAGGUGUUGCCACUUGGAAGAUGAUACUAGUCAUAUUAUUUUGAGUGUGGUUGUUAUUAGCUCAUUAUAAUAACAGGUUUAGGCUGCGUAUGAUAUUUUGGCUUUAUUGGUAUGUUUGCUUGUAAAGCAUUUGGGAUUUGGAAUGUUGCUAUGACUUAGCAUUGCGCCA